AAUCUUUGUUGUUAAACGUUGCUAAGGAAGUCACGGAGCUAUCUUUAAGCAGUCAGUAGUUAAGGUAGUUCUGCAGCACCCUGCGACUGGGGAAUAGGUAUUCCCCUGGGAAGACUAAAACAACCAGCAAUACCUUCUUAUUUGUGUAAAUAUAAAAAUAUUAACUGUAAGCGUUUGUUAGUUCUAGCUUGUAUAGCUGUUGUUAGCAUUUUAGCUUUGCUCAUUACUGAAUACAGCACCCAGUUAGCAUGAAUAUUUAGCUAAUGAUAACCCAGUUUCUGCUUAAGUGACUUUUUGAGGAAACCGUAUGUUAGAUGUAGAGGUUUAAUAAGUUAAAAGCUGACGAAUAUUUUUUUAUUCAGUGACAUAGUAAGACAGACAAAGAUCAUAUUAACUAGCUUACGCUGGUAUCCCAGUUUAAUCGCUUGCCAGUCGUCGUUUCGUCGCUUUUGUCGCUUGUGUAGAUGCUACCAGCUAAAACAACCGUAUCUCCUGUUGCACUUUUUUUUCCUUUUAAAGGAAACAGGCAUUUAGAAAUGAGAGCGCUGUAUCCACCUGACCAGAGCUGGUCUCAGACCUGAGGAGAAGAUGGAGAAUGGCGAGGACUGCUCCCUUUAUCUGACCCGCGAGCCUUCUGGUGAUGGGAACACAGUAAACACUGAGGGUAGACAAAUAAAAAAGUCCUUAAAUGAUGUCAAAUCAACUAAUGAGCACAAUGAUGAGCUUGUACUUGUUUCAAGAAAUGCAGGUGAAGAGAUUACACCAUACCAGCCUCAGCCCCCCUCAUUACCCAAGCUGACAAAAUUAAUUAAAAGUGGCUCUGUGGAAGAGACUGUGAGAACCAGGAGGCUGAAAAACAGUCAGGAGAGUCUGAGUGACCGAGCUGAGACUGGAUCCUCCACAGACUCACUUAAGGAAGACCCAACAGCUCCAAGUGGAUUUGUUCUCGGUAGCACAGCCAGUGUCAAGAACGACCAGUACUCUGAUGUGAGGCGUCUCUCUGCUAUCAGGACAGGCUCUCCAGUCUUCCAGGACAGAGAAAGGAGUCUGUCAGAGUGUGAUAGAUGGCCACAUAAUGAGCACAGUAACGCUGCAGACCACCGAGGGAGGUCCACCAAGUUGCGUCUAUCUCCGGUGCAGCCCACAGGUCCACUGCCUGCUCUAGGCAAGAACUUUGCAUCAGCCACUUUAAGGGCAGCUAAUAGGAUUGACAGGGAUUGCUUGGAUUAUGCUGUGCUGGCCAAAGAGAAGUUUGGAGAGAGAAUCCACAGGAACCUGAGUGACAGCCGGCUUCUGGAGAACAUGGGUUCAGAUAGUGCCUCUGUUAACUCCAUGAAGUCCAUCUACAGCGUUCUUAGCCCCAUCAGACCCCAGGAUGUGAGAAACAGGAGCUUCCUGGAAGGCAGUGUGUUGGGAAGUGGUGCUUUGCUCGGUGCUGAAGAGCUAGACCGCUACUUUCCUGACAGGAGAGUUGGCAUCUACAUCGUCACAUGGAACAUGCAGGGGGAAAAGUUCUUUCCAACCAACUUGAAUGAUCUCCUCCUUCCAACAGACUCUGAAUUUGCACAAGACUUUUAUAUCAUUGGGGUCCAGGAGGGCUGUCCUGACAGGAGGGAGUGGGAGACCUGUCUUCAGGAGACUCUGGGACCUCACUAUGUCAUGCUAUAUGCAGCAUCACAUGGUGUUUUGUAUCUUACUGUAUUUAUCAGAAGAGACCUCAUGUGGUUCUGCUCAGAGGUGGAGCACGCCACAGUCACAACCAGGAUCAUCUCUCAGAUUAAGACCAAAGGGGCUGUGGGAAUUGCCUUUAUGUUUUUUGGAACUUCCUUCCUCUUCAUCACAUCCCACUUUACCUCCGGAGAUGCCAAAGUUUAUGAGAGAAUACUGGAUUACAACAAGAUCAUUGAAGCUUUAGCUCUUCCCAAAGGCCUUCCAGACACCAACCCUUACCGCUCUACUCCAUCUGAUGUCACCACAAGAUUCGAUCAGGUCUUCUGGUUUGGAGAUUUUAACUUUCGACUGAGCAAAGACCGGGCGGAUGUGGAGACCAUCAUGAAACGCACAGUAGAGGGCGAUAUGAGCAUGCUAUUGGAGCAUGAUCAGCUCUCCAAGGAAAUGAAAGAUGGUUCGAUAUUCAAAGGCUUUCAAGAAGCACCAAUAAAUUUCUUCCCCACAUACAAAUUUGACAUUGGCUGCGAUAACUACGACACUACUUCGAAACAAAGAACUCCGUCUUACACUGACAGGAUCCUGUUCAAGAGCAGGCAGGCUAAUGACAUAAAGGUGGUCAAGUACAGCAGCUGCUCAAGCAUCAAGACAUCAGACCACCGACCUGUUAUUUCCGUCUUUCAGGUCAAACUCAGGCCAGGAAGAGACAAUAUUCCCCUGUGUGGAGGGCUGUUUGAUCGGAGCUUGUACUUGGAGGGCAUCAGGAGGAGGAUGACCGCCAGAGAGCUGAGAAAGAGGGCCAUGACGAGUCCAAACAGCAGCACCAUCUGUACCAUCUCCUAACCUAUCCAGAUGAACUCUCCAGAUCAGGAUGGGCUGGAUGAAAACCUUUGCCACAGGUGUGAAGAGGACCCAAAGGAAACCAGAGUUGUCUUAACAAGCAGAGCCCCUGGGAUUGUGAAAGGGUAACUGAGCCACACUGUGUCCUGGUGAAGCUGGCUGGACUCGAGCACGAGGACCUUGAGGUCAGACAGAUAGAGUGUGGACAGAAACUAAAGUCUGGUCUUUAUUUAUUCAGCCUCCUCUACUCAAACAUGACUAGCACAGAUUGAAGGGGUUGCCAUCGUGGCUUACUAUUUAAGUCACACGCUUCGACAUGGACUGAUUUAACCUUACAGAUCAUUUGCAUCUGUUUGCUUUGUGUAAGCAUUUCAGAGGCAUUACAAACCACAUUGUUACCUUUUUAUUAAUGAUAAUGUUCAAAUGCCUUAUUUAUGGUGCACUAAACAAAAAUACUAUCAAUAUUUAGCUGUUUGAGCUAACUUGAAUUUUGUUGUUAUAUUAUUUAUUAUGAGGUCAAAUUUCAUGAGCAUGGCAAAGAUGUAUGAGAGUACAUCAGGGAGAUUAAAUGUAUUUAUACUUUUAAAACUAACCUCCCAUGUAAAAAAAAAAAAGGAUCUUGUUUACGAAUGCCCAUCUUUUAUUAGACCAAAUAAUCCUCUGCUACAGACUAACGCAAUGCCUUACCUUUCACCUUACUAUAAACUCAUAUAUACUAUAAACUGAACAUGUACUGAAUGUAGCACAUCUAUAAACUUGCAUUCCAAGCAUGAUGAGCUCUCUGCUCAUUAAAAAGUGCCUGUCGGUCUUGUUUUCUUAUCACCAAGGCCUUGUCUUAAUCUGUGACUUUUUAUGUCAUCUAAAAUGUAACAUCCAGUAAUAAAUGUUUGAAAAACA